CAAUUUCAAGAUGGCGGACGUUUACGUGGCCUUCUGCGAUUGCAAACAUUUCCCGAAGAUGCUCCCUUGGUAACUAUUUGUAUGGGGAAAUUAUGUGGAAAGUGAUAGCCCGAUAAAAAUUCUUACACACUGGAAAAAAUGGAACCUGAAGAAGCGAAGGAACGUGUGCUACAAAGACUUGAAUCUGACCUCACAUCCGCUGACCUGCAGUGGAGUUUGUUUAUUUCAGCUCUGGAAAGUUAUAGACAUGAUAGCAUAUUAAGACCCUUUCCUUCUGCAUAUGUGGUUGGUGAUGGUAAUAAGAAUUUUCAAGGGCUGGUUCAAGUUUGCAGCACAGUUCCUUCAUUUGACAAGCUAUUGACAGAAACCAGUGAGAAGGUAUAUGCUCAAGAAACUUGGGAUAUCUUGGACUGGGCACUGGAUAGAACCUUUGCACUGAGAUCUGUUAAGAAAUCUGUGUUCUUGGAGAUUGAGAAAAAAACUGGUCAAGCAAGUUACUGCUCCACCACACCUGACUUCAUUUUCGAAGUUGUUUACAGUGAGACAAAUACUCUCAGUGCAAUGUUUGAUGACAUGUCACAGACUCAUGAUGUUUGGUAUGCUUACCAUGGAAGUAGAGUGGACAAUUUUCAUUCUAUUUUGAAUAAUGGAUUACAUGCACAUCUUAACAAAACAUCAUUUUUUGGAGAAGGGACCUACCUGUCAAGUGAUCUAACUGUUUGUAUGAAUUACAGUAGUUUUGGUUCAGGCUGGAAAAACAGCGCUAUAGGAGAAAGAUUAAGUUGCGUGGCUGUCUGUGAGAUCCUGGACCAUCCAGAUGUGAAGUGUACUAUCAAAUCUAAAGCAAAUGACAACAGACUAACUCGUUCUAGGGCAAGAGCAAGAAACAGUGAGGGAGGAGAUGUCCCAGAGAGAUAUUAUGUGGUUACAAACAACCAAGUUGUUAGAGUGAAAUAUGUGCUGGUGUAUGCUGAGAAGAAAGCACCUACAAGGACUCAAGCUCGUAACUGGCUGAUAUUCCGAUAUCCGUUAGCCUCAAUCAUGGUUGCCUAUAUCUUAGUUUUAAUUUGUGUGGGCUUCUCCAAAACAAGACUUUUCCAAAAGUUUUAUAGGAAAUAUUUCAAAGGAAGCUAACUUACCUAAGGUUAAAAUAUAUUUUUUAAUUCUUUCAAGGCAAUAUUUAAAAUUAUGCAAUACUUUAGCUCAGUAUCUGGCAGCUAGGAAAUGAAGGGUGUGUUUUUAGGGUAUUAGGAAUUUUUAAAUUGUUCUAGAUAGUUUAGUUGUUGCAUUGAAAACAGAGGCAAUUUUCUGAUAAAUGGAAGGAAUUAACGUCAAUGAGAGCUACUUUCAUUCCCUCCCAGUAGGUUACAUAAUUAGGGACAUUAUUGAAAAGAAAUGAAGUAAUGAAAUUUUUUUUGGACCUGAUGAACCCCAGCAAAUAACUUAUGAAUUAUUUUAGAACCAAAGAUCUUAAUGUAAAGGAAAUAGCUACUUUUAGUCUUAUAAGUUUUGCUAUGCUCAAAUGUUUAAGUAUAAAAACUAUUUCAAUGUAUAAUUUUAAGUAUUCAGUGUAUCACUGCAUCUACCUGACAGGGUAAGGACCUUAGAGUCUUCUCCUUAGUUAUUACAUAACUUGCAGUGUUGAUGUCCUAUUAAUAGGGAAGAAAGCUGUAUUCCAACUCAUAAUCAGGGUGAAGAGAACUUCACCAAACUGCUAUGUUUGGUUUGAAUCUUUGAGGUGAAAGAGAAGUGAGUGAGCCAAACUUGUUCGUCUUCAGUCAGAGUCAGAGUUUUCCUUUAAAAAACUGGGAAUGGGGAAAGCCCUGGAAGUGCACUCAAGAGUGAGCAAAGUAUUUUUCUUCCCACUUCCCCCACCCCCUAUUCUUCCCUUUGCUUUCCUCUUACCUAUCAUCCAAAACCUCUCAGUAAUUUCUAUCUCUUUCCACUACAAACUUUUCAUUAAGAAGUACAUGUACUGAACACUGCAUCACAGUAUCCCUUGGCUGUGAUUUACUUUGCAUUAAGAUUUCAAAAUGCAAGAAUGAUUUUAAAAUUGUUACAAUUUAAUACACUCUAAUGCAAUUAAAUAUCUUAUUUUAAAACAAUGUUAAAUAUAGGCUGAUGGUGAGUUCUAACUAACACACAUUCUUAUAUGGCUUGGUCACACCAAAAGUAAGUCCACAGUUUUCUCACAGUUUGGUGCAAAAUGAGAACUAUGCAAGCAAUCAAAUUAAUGCUUUGAUUUUCCUUGGUUGAAUCAUGAUAACUACUAUGACCAAGACACUAGGCAAGGCACUGCUACCUUACAAUUAUCAAUAGCCCUCUUUACAGGGUAAUGUCUGAAUUCAAAACCAAUGUCAGUGAUUACAACAACCAGUCUUAGUCAAAAAAAAAAUGAAAAGAAGCCAAGGAGAACUUGCAGUCAAAACAAGCACAUGGCACUGGAUUUGUCAUUGACAAAGUAGUGAUUCUUUUUAUGGUUGAAUUUGAUUGGUUAAAAAGCUUUGAGCUCUCUCAAAUCAGUGAUGAACCUUGCCUUGUCCUGUUCCAGUCCAAAGCUCUUUAAGUUCCACAUCACAACCAAGAUCUCUGAGAGCUGCUUUAGCUAAAUCCUCACAAUCACCCAUCUUGCCAUGUGCUUUCCUGAUCAAGCUUUCAGCUCCUGCUUCAAGGAUAAUGUCGCAGUGAUCAGGAUUACGAGCCACCAGGUUGCGCAGAGCCAGGCAGGCAUGUUUCUGGAGAGAAUAAAUGAUCAAGUCAUUUAUUCCAGCCUAAACUUGACUCAAUCAUAGUGUUAAACUACAGGUUGACUCACAAAAUAAUAGUUAUUUGGUUCUACAAAAUCUUAGUCCAUUACAGAUAGUUUUCAAAGUUGUCUUCAAUUUUUUCAUACAACUUUGUUUAGGCAUGCAUAUUUUA